CACUCGGUUAACAAAAGGGGGAGCCGUCCUCUCUCUGUUUUCCAAGCAUUGUAUGCUAUAAUUAUGCUAUGUAACUACUGCUAACGUUAAAACGUUUAACGGCGUAACUUCUUCUAGCUUCCUGGUUCCUGGAUUUAGCGGCGGAGUGAUACCUCUGUGUUUUUUCGUUGUGUAACGGCUGGAAUGCGGAGCAACGAGUUGGUCCCCGCCCUAAUUUCUUUAAAUACCCACCACCACGGUGAACCGUUAUAUGGGACAUUAAUGGGGAUGUACUGAUAUACCUUGAUACAUUUUUACAGCGUGAAUAUCUUCUCUGUUUUAGUUUAGUUAGACUUCUAAGAUGGAGCUGGACCGGCGGUUGUUGCUGGCCCACUGUGCGGCUCACGCCCUGUCGAUCGUGGCGGGCUUGCUGGUGGUGGUGCCCAUGGCUCUCAACGGCUCCGCUUUUAAAGGCCGCUGCGCGCUCUUCUCCGCGGGCUACUGGAGGACCGAGGACCGGGUCGAGCUGACGGGGCAGCCGGGAGACGUCUCUCACCUGGUGGUGCAGCAGUGGGGCCCACCGGCUGCCUGCCAGUUCGCCACAUUCGUCGGUAUUUUCACGGUGCUGUACGGUGCAGCGCAGGGCUGGAGGUGCCUCUUUUAUCUGCAUGGGCGACAUGACGACACCCUGUUUUCAUCCUUUCUGACGGUGCUGCUGAGUGUGUGUGUGCUCUUCCUGUCUGGAGGAGCCAGCGUCAUCUUGUCUCUGGGUCUGGUCUCGUGGUGUGACACUGUGACCAAUGACAACACACGGCCAUACAGCUGUGCAGAGUCCCAGUCUGUUCCUCUUUACCUGGAUGUGGACACCUCCUCCUUCUACUCAGAGCUCAGUCUGGCACAGGCGUCUCUGUGGUGUGUGACGGCUCUGUGGUUGACUCAGUCCAUCCUGGCUUUCCUGCGGCUCUACCACUCCCACAGCCAGCACAUCAGCGGGCCUUGUCUUCCCAGAGAGAAGGAGCUGCUGCUGGGACACAGUCUGUCUGACAGCAUCUCCCCCUCCCCUUCUCCGGCAACACCCACCAUCUUAGUCUAACUGACAGAGAAUGAGGUAGUGAUAUAAGGUGUUACACUUACAGUUUUAAACCUCUUUUUCUCCUUACUGAUAAUGUCCAUUCUACAGUUCUUACUACUGCAUGUAGAAUAUGAAUGUUGUGAGUAUAGGACGUAAUAUAAAGGUAUCUUGUAUAUUUUGAUACAAUGCAGCUUCUUAUACGACAGAGCCUGACUGAUAAAUCAUACUGGAAUAUAUUAUAAUUAGAAAGAAACAGGCAAAUUCCAAAGAUAUGUCGGAGGUAGUUUGUCCUCUACGGAGCACUGACAAGUUUACGUUUCAACUGUUAAACAGGUCAAAAUACUUUGAUAACCAAAUUUAAGGGAUCCCUAUGAGAGACGUUUUUAAUGUUGUAUGUUUAUGGCGAAUUAUGAAUCUGUUGUUGGACUGAUUUUUAAUAAUCUGAGAUAUUGAUAUCUUCCUCAAUAAUCCAGCAUCAGACAGGCUACAUUAUACAGUGAUAUGAUGUUUGAGCAGGGCCAGCAUCACUUACAUAACAUUAAACUGCCUCACUCAAAGACCCAUCACCUCAUUCUGACACCACAACGCACCAGUUUGUGCUUCUUAUGCAUUAAUUACAAUUGAGUCACAUAAUUAAACGUCCAUUUUUCUGCUAAUUACCAACUGAUUUCUGGAAACAAGUUGCAUGGGAAUUUAUUUCUUUAAAAAAGAAGCUUACUUCUUUGAUUCAUAUGUGAUGGAGACACAUGUGAGCCCCAAACUGGGACUAUUCUCAACUCUUUCUAGGCACAAAAGGGAUUUUACUGAAGAAGAAAAUGCAAAGAAACAAACACUGGGGCAGUUGAAGCAGACCAGUGAUCUAACAGCAGUGUUAUUUUGAAGCUAUAAUUAUCUCUGUCAUUUGACUGUGACUUUGUGAAUUAAUGCAUUACAGUUCAUUCACGUCACUAAUGAGACCACAAGCACCCAGAUGGUGUUUAUCCUACAGUCUGUUUUCAAUAUAUUUAAUAUGCAUGGUUGUUUACAUUUCUGCUGGAGUCUAACAUUUUGCACAGUUGUGUCCUCAUCAGAGAAUACAUUUAUUUUUGUUGACUUGUUCUGAGUGGAAUAUUCAGAUGUAGCACUGAGGCGCUUUUAUUGUGAAGCAUGUGGUGCGAGUGUGACUGAGCCACCAUGUACGUGAAACAGGCUCACUGUGUGAGCAUGAACUGAACGUUCUGUUGCGUAACAGAGAAAAUCACUGCUGACUCCUUCUCUCCUCUUGUGACGAUUUUUAUUAUGAUGCUGUUUGUGUGGACACAGCCACUCUCAGGGCGUUAAUGAAGCAGUCAAAUCUUCUCUAAUGAUCUGUGUAGAGUCUGUAGAGGAUUAUUCAGAGGUUAACUUUCAAGGAUCUCUGAUAGUUUGUCACUGAGAGAGAUUUGUGUGGAGCCCAAAAGGGUCAGUGAAGAGGAAAGAAGUUACUAACUUUGCUGAGUUUUUACAAACAAAUGAUUCUAAGUUGUUUUAAAACUUCUUUCUCUUUGACCCAAGUGGUUGUAAUGACUCACAAAUAGUGGACCGUGAAAUCUGAAGUGAAGAGAGAUGAGACAGCACUGUCACUUGACAUGAAUUGUAACAUAUGAAAUGUUUUUGUAUUAUAACUGACAGUUGUCUUGCUUUUUACCUCUUAUACCUGUUUGUGCUCAUUCAUAUUCAUGUUUUUGCAUUGGUCUUGUUCAUUAAAUAAAAAGCUUCCCAUUAUGAAAGAA